AUGAGAAAGUGGAGUUCUGGAUGUGUGUGCAUGCUCACUCGGUGCCAGCGCGUCUCAGCAAAUCCCGGGCCAGCAGUAUUUCGUAAGAGAGUGGUGGAGCCGGGUUCCAGAUGCGGGAGCCGCAGUGACACAUGUGCUGUCAGCAGGGCCAGCGCCCUCUGCUGUCCCGGCCCGGAAGCACCACGACGGUGGGGACGAACCCGGGGCCUCCGGAAAGCGGGCGGCGGUCAGAAUCCACCGCGGACCGCGGCGGGUGCGGAGGCCGCCGGCCGCUCCUCGCCGUCCAAACGCUGGGUCUGCGAGGGGCUGCACUCCCUCCGUUGA